GAGUGAAGAUGCCAACCCCCAACAUCUCCACCUCUGCAGCCAAAGGCUUCCGCAGGGCGGUGUCAGAACUGGACUCCAAGCAAGCUGAGGCCAUCAUGUCUCCACGGUUCAUUGGUAGACGUCAAAGCCUCAUUGAAGAUGCCAGGAAGGAACGAGAGGCUGCAGCUGCAGCCACCGAUGCUGCAGAGUCCACAGAGACAAUUGUUUUUGAGGAGAAGGAUGGAAGAGCCAUGCUGAACCUCUUCUUCAUGCUCAAGGGUACCAAGACCUCUCCACUCUCCCGAGCACUUAAGGUGUUUGAGACAUUUGAAGCUAAAAUCCACCACUUGGAGACAAGGCUCAGCCGAAAGCCCCGUGAAGGGACUGCUGAACUGGAAUAUUUUGUGCGCUGUGAAGUGCACAGCUCUGACCUCAAUACUUUUAUUAGCUCCAUCAAGAGGGUAGCAGAAGAUGUGAGGACCACUAAGGAAGACAAAUUUCACUGGUUUCCCAGAAAAAUAUGUGAACUGGACAAGUGCCACCAUUUGGUCACCAAGUUUGACCCUGACUUGGACUUGGAUCACCCGGGCUACUCUGACCAGGUAUAUCGCCAGAGGAGGAAAUCAAUAGCAGAAAUCGCUUUUCACUAUAAGCAUGGGGACCCAAUCCCUCAUGUGGAGUACACAGCAGAGGAGACUGCUACCUGGAAGGAGGUGUACAGCACUCUGAAGAGCCUGUAUCCAACCCAUGCCUGCAAGGAGUACCUCGAAGCAUUUAAUCUACUGGAGAAAUUCUGCGGCUAUAAUGAGAACAACAUCCCCCAGCUGGAGGAGGUCUCUCGCUUCCUGAAAGAGAGGACUGGCUUCCAGCUCCGGCCCGUGGCCGGCCUACUGUCUGCACGCGACUUCCUCGCCAGCCUGGCCUUCCGUGUGUUCCAGUGCACGCAGUACAUCCGCCACGCAUCUUCGCCCAUGCAUUCCCCUGAGCCGGACUGCUGUCAUGAGCUACUGGGGCACGUACCAAUGCUGGCUGACAAGACGUUUGCCCAGUUCUCUCAGGACAUUGGGCUUGCAUCUCUGGGAGCAACUGAUGAAGAAAUUGAGAAACUGUCAACGCUUUACUGGUUCACAGUGGAGUUUGGACUCUGCAGACAGAAUGGGAUAGUCAAAGCCUAUGGGGCAGGGCUCCUGUCUUCCUAUGGGGAGCUUAUACACUCCUUGUCUGAUGAACCAGAGGUUCGGGACUUUGACCCCGACGCUGCUGCUGUUCAGCCCUACCAGGACCAGAACUACCAGCCUGUGUAUUUUGUGUCUGAGAGCUUCAGUGAUGCCAAAAACAAGCUGAGGAACUACGCAGCACAUAUCAAGCGGCCCUUCUCAGUGAAAUAUGAGCCCUAUACCCACAGCAUCGAGCUCCUGGACAGCCCCCAGACCAUCUGCCACUCCCUGGAGAGUGUAAGGGACGAGCUUCAUUCACUGAUUAAUGCUCUUAAUGUGAUCAGUUAAUAAGAGAACUGGGCUCCUCCAUUCCCCUCUGCCCCCUCCACCCCCCGUUCCUAGCCCAUAACUUCUACCUGUUGUCUACAAACAUUUGCACUGCUGCCUGUCCCCGUGCUACCCCAACAGUUUGCCACACUGGAAUGUAGGGCCAGCUCAGAGGAAGGCAGAGGGAUAAACCCAAGGCCUGCUGGCAUCUUGGGUGGCUUUGCCUCUGACUGCUGGGAGAGGCUUAACACAGUCCAAAGACAUGGGCCAGGCUACAAACUUGAAGUCAAGAGUUGUGUACUAGGCCCCUGGAUGCAAGGAAUAGGAGAAAACUGCUUUAUUGAAAACCAGAUUCAUUAAAAGGAAAAGAAUAAGAAGAAAGUAAAAAGCUAUUCUUUGUAGUUUGAGAGAAUUAGCCUGCCUUUUUAGCUCCAAAGCAACUCCUUACAGCAAUUCCACAAAGGACAGUCAGUCUCCACCACCUCCUGCCUGUUACAGUCCCUUGCACUCGGGAAAAGCAGAGCUGCUCAGGAGCACUUAUGCUGGAACCAAGAUCACGAGAUUCAAGAUAUCAGCUCCAGCCUCCCCACAGCUUCUUGCACAUGAGUCCAUGUGCUCACCACCCCAUCAGGACGUAAGGAGCACUGGAAUAUCCUUAAAGCUCUACACUGACCUAAACCAACUGUAUCUACCUAGCAUAGAGGAACCCCC